AUAGACUAGAAGGAAGCGAUUACACAACUCAUCGUCUCAUCUUAGGUACCCAUACUUCGGAUGAACAGAAUCAUUUGGUUAUAGCUAAAUUGUUACUCCCUACUGAUGAUGCGCAGUUUGAUGCUUCGAAAUAUGACACUGAAAAAGGCGAAUUUGGGGGUUUUGGUUCGAUAACAGGGAAAAUUGAUGUUGAAAUUAAGAUGAAUCAUGAAGGUGAAGUGAAUCGUGCACGCUACAUGCCACAAAAUCCAGUUUUGCUGGCUACGAAAUCACCAAACAGCGAAGUUUUUAUCUUCGAUUAUACAAAGCAUCCAUCUGUCCCGAAUCCUGCUGAUAAUGUUUGUAAGCCACAGUUACGUUUACGUGGUCAUACAAAGGAAGGUUAUGGAUUAUCAUGGAAUCCAAAUUUGCCUGGUCACUUGCUUUCUGCUUCGGAUGAUAUGACUGUUUGCUUAUGGGAUGUUCAGGCAGCGACUGCUCAAUCGAGCUUUCUUGACGCAAAAACGAUUUUUAACGGACAUAAUGCGGUUGUCGAGGAUGUUGCCUGGCAUGUACUGCACGAAGCAGUGUUUGGUUCAGUAGGUGAUGAUCGUAAGCUGAUGAUUUGGGAUACCCGUACAAACAGCUCGAAUAAACCGAAUCACACUGUUGAUGCUCAUUCGGCUGAAGUAAACUGCUUAUCCUUCAAUCCAUAUUCAGAAUUUAUAUUGGCUACUGGCUCAGCUGACAAGACAGUAGCUUUGUGGGAUUUGCGAAAUCUGAAAUUAAAAUUGCAUUCAUUCGAGUCACAUAAAGAUGAAAUUUUCCAAGUCCAGUGGUCACCACACAAUGAAACAAUUCUAGCAUCCUCUGGCACUGAUCGACGACUUCAUGUUUGGGAUUUAAGCAAAAUAGGUGAGGAGCAGUCACCAGAGGAUGCUGAGGACGGUCCUGCAGAGUUGCUUUUUAUACAUGGUGGACAUACAGCUAAAAUCUCAGAUUUCUCUUGGAACCCCAACGAACCAUGGGUUGUAUGUUCUGUAUCAGAGGAUAAUAUUAUGCAGAUUUGGCAGAUGGCUGAUAAUAUUUAUAACGAGGAAGAUACCGACACUCAAACUGAUCAAAUGGAACGUUGAACUAAAUGAAAAGAAUUGUAGAAGAUUGUUGUAUAUUCACUCUGUUAUUAAUUUGUUACGUGUGUUUCUUUAUAUCUCUUUUUGCAAAAUCAUUUAGGAGUGCUAAAAUAUUGAUUAACU